CGGACGUGCCCGGUCCCGGCAGCAGACACGUGCCCCAGCGCCAUGCCCGGGCGCUGAACCAACUUGUGGAAGCACGCCAGGCAUCCUCGCCGCGGAUUGGCUGAAGGCCCAGGGGGAGGGAGGGAUUCCCUUUUGCUUUCCAUACCUCAUCACCGGCGAGGAAACCCCCGCCGACCCAGUGUCUCCCUUUAUCGCGCCGCGGCGACUCGCAGGCAGCCAGAGCCGUGUAGACGGGCGAGAGGAGAGCGCCGCUCGGCACCGUCCCGCUCCCGACGCCGUCCCCCGGCAGCCUGCUCUGAUCUCCCCGCGGCGGCUGCAGACCAGCGGCGAGCGACGCGAAAUGAUGCCGGGAAAGACCCUGCGCAAGGGUGCGCAGCAGAGCCCCGCUCCCGCAGCACAGGAAGCUGUGACCCAGUGCUCUUUGCAACUACGCAAAAUAGGAGAUAUAUGCAACCUGCAGCAGAAGAUUCUUAAUGUUAUUACAAAACUGUUCUGCCCAGGAACGUGAAAACUCUUCGGGAGAUGUCAAACAGAAGAGGAAGGAAGAAAACAAUGGUUUUGGAAAAUAUGGUCUUUGCAAGCUUGUAAUAAGUGACUUGAAUGAGAUGAGGAGAUGGAAUUAGCUGUAUGCAUUACUUACUGCUGCCUGUUCCUAUUGAAGGAAGGCUGUUGAAAUAUGAUUUCUCUGGAGAGCUGGACAUAUGUAUUGGCUGGUGGAUGUCAGUAUGGGGGGGAAAUUACAAUUAACCCUUCCAAAGAUUGACCUGUGGAGUGACUUGGAAGAGCAAGGAACCUUCUCAUCUGACAAGCGUAUCGAUGUUCUGGUUCAGGAGUUGCAUCUAGUUCUAUGUCACUUGGAGCAACAGGCAGAAGAUACCAGUUACCUCCAAACAUUGGACUGGAAUGUACCAUGAAAACCAGUUUCUAAGUUCUUGAUCAUUUUUAUUUUCUAAAAUGUAGACUCUAUUGUACAAACCUGGUGUGGAGCAUUAUCCUAUUUUUUUGUUUGUUUGUUUUGGUUGUAGCACAUGUACUGUCAGUGAUGUUAGUUGUUACGCAGAUGUUUCUCUAAGGAAUAACACUGUAAUUCUGUUAAUUAUGAGGUUGCCGUAUGGAUCUAGGAUGUAUAUAUGUGUAUGAAAAGAGUAUUUCAUGGAACUUAAAGAGAUGGCUUAUGGCUUAUGCACCAGAAAUAGUGCAGAUGACUAUUCAAAUGGUGCCAUAAAGAAUGCAUUAAAACAGAUUAAAGGAAGCAUAGUAGCUUAUGGUGAUUAAGAAAGUCCUUCAUGCAGUCAGUACUCUAAGAAAAUUAUUGAAUAAGAAAAAUGCAUACAUUAAAACAUAUAUUACAUAGCAAAAUAAGAUGAUUGACAGGUGUAUGAGUUUGGGGGAGAUUCCUUCACAGCAUCAGAAGGAAUAUUAAAAUAGAAUAAGUUACUGUUGGGAGGUAAUAAAAUUACUCUAAAAACAAAUAGAAAGUGAAACUAAAAUGGAAUCAGUGGUUUUCUGGAGGAAAAACAUGAAUUAUUUUUCAAAGAAAGUAACUGCUCAGAUUAAGAGGGAUGUCAAUAAAACUGAAUGUUACAGUUGUUACAGGAAAGUAAUGUAUUGCUUCUAAAUGAAAGCUGAGACCUUGACUGGAAAUAAAGGAUAAGAAAAAAACUCA